UCUUAUAUGUUUGAGCUGUGCGCGUUGCGGAAGAAAAGUCUGUUUUUAUAUAAAAUACCAAAAUUUGCACAUGUCAAAUAGCAUAAACGAAUAGUGUAACUGUGCUAGCAAUAUACAGUAAUAAAAUCAAACACCAAGUUUAACGUCCAAGAAGCGAGCGCCGAACGCUGCCACAAAUGCCUUGGCUAUUUCAAGCCACGUUUGCUGAAGAUGAUGAUCCAAAUAGUUGAACUUGCACUAGGCUCCAUGAGCAUUACUAGGCUUUAGGAAACUCAAGUCAAUUAUAGAGUAAUACGAGCAGAAGAAGGCUUCGAUAAAACCACGAGCUAACAACCUAUCGAAGGAAGGAAUAUUGAAUUUAUUUUUACACAAGAAAUCAGAAGGAAGAAAGGCAAAAUGACGGUGGAUUUUAAUGAUUAUUUUUGGGGCGAUAAGAACAAUGGGUUCGAUGUGCUUUAUCAUAACAUGAAAUUCGGCUUGGUGGCCAGCAAGGAGCUGUCCGAAUUUCUGCGCGAGAAGUCCAGCAUUGAGGAGCAGAACUCGAAGAUGAUGUCCAAGUUGGCGCAUAAAGCAAGCACAGGGACACUAAACAGCACAUUUGCGCCUGUGUGGACCAUACUUCGUACCUCGGCAGAGAAGCUGUCCACGCUGCACAUGCAGAUGGUGCAGAAACUAUCGGAGCUGGUCAAGGAUGUGGCCAAAUAUGCCGAUGAGCUGCACAAGAAGCACAAAACGGUUAAGGAGGAGGAAUCUCAGACUCUGGAGUGCGUGCAGGCAAUACAAACAUCGACAGUGGCGGUUCAAAAGUUGCGCGAUCUCUAUGCCAGCAAGGUCCUUGAAUUGGAGAAGCUGCGCAAAGACAAUGCCUCGCAUAAAGAUGUCGAGAAAUUGGAGACGAAGCUUAAAAAGCUGCAGGAUGAUUACAGAGCCUUGCUCGACAAACACAAUCCCAUCAAAAACGAGUUCGAGCGUCGCAUGACUCAGACCUGCAAGCGAUUCCAAGAGAUCGAAGAGGUGCAUUUGCGUCAGAUGAAGGAGUUUCUAUCGACAUAUUUGGAAAUGUUGCAGAACAAUCACGAUAUGGUGGGUCAAGUUCAUUCCGAUUUUAAACGCCAAUUUGUGGACAUGUCCGUGGACAAGCUCUUGGAGCAGUUCGUCCUCAACAAGUACACGGGACUGGAGAAGCCGGAAAUGCCUGAACUGGAAUUUGUCCAUCUAUCGAUACAGUCGGGCUCGGCCUCGUCGAGACUUAAUCAGUCACAUGCUUCCGUUACCGCCUCCAAUUCGAACUCUGCAGCCAGCAUACAGGCAGCAUUGCGAGCAGGCGGCUCAGCCAUCGGCACUGCCGGUAGUCUAGUAUCCAUGGAUCAGCGAGGAGGUGCGGGCGGUGGAGGAUCUGCCGCUGAUGCCUUGGCGGGCAUAUCGCUGGGCAGCGGCUCAGCGGCAAGUGGUAGUAUUCCCUAUGCGGAUGAUGCCAUUCUGGGUGCCAGCUUAUCGUCGCCCCGACCCACAUCGCCGGACAUGCUGAGCGCCGCUGCGGCUGCAACGCCCGCAGGCAGUCAACCGGCACCCACGAAUGCUGCUGUUUCUACAGUCAAGAGUUUGCGAUCGUGGUUUAGCAAGCAGCCACAAGCACAGCCAACUGGUGGCAAUGCUGGAAAUUUCGGUAUGGCUGCCAAUGGUUCUGCUAGCAACAUCAACAACAACACAAGCAACAACAACAACACCACAACCACAACUGGCACAACAAACGCCGGCACCACCAACAACAUCACCACCAAUAUCACCAAAAAUUCCCUUAACUCUGAGCUUCAGGAUAUAGAUCAAGAUCAGCAGCAACAACAAACACAACAGCCGGCUGAGGCCUUAACGCCAACUGCAAGUGUCGUUGGCAAAAAGUAUUUGAAUGCAACGACGAGUGAGCAACAUUUAUCGAAAUCAUUAAAUGAACAAGAUCAUCAUCUUCAUCAUCAACAACAACAACAACAACAGACUGUAAUGGGCAAUGCCGCAACAACUACAACCACAGCAACAGCAGCAACAACAACAACAACAACAACAACGUCCAGGCGUACAACGUCACUCUUAAAUAUAUUCACAUCAAAUUCUCAGGUUUCGGGCAUUUUGCGGAGUCGCCGCGACAAGACGAAAACGAAGAAAUCCAAAAAGAAGAAGGACAACGAUGCGGCCGAGAACAUUCAAGAGGAGCGUUUGGCCAGUGUGGAGCGCGCCAAUAAUACGCUGCUCGACUAUGAUGAUCAUGGACGCGUUAUGAAAACUCAAAAUUCCAGCGGCAGCAGCGCGGGCGGUGGCUUAGCUGCUUUGUCGGCAACCUCGGCGCAGGGCAGCGUUGAUUCGGCGGGUGCCAGCAGCAGCAUCGGAGGCAGCGGUGGAGCAAGUGGCGGCGGCCUGGCCAAUGCCAUAUCAGCCUCGGCAGGAGCGGGCGCGGCAGCAACGGCCACAAGUGGAGGCACAAAUGUGUCGGGCACUGCAACUGGUGGUGGCUACGAAGUGGACGAAGAAGGCUUCAGCAUACAGCCACCGAAGGAGAUUGCCUGGGAGGAGGGUCAUGACAAGUCUGGCAGUUUCUACUCUGACUCCGAUACGGAUUCGGAUAACGACAAGCCCGAACGUCGCAUACAUGUGAAAAUCAAGCCUCUGAAGAAUGGCCAAGCACCAAUGUCGGCCAGCGUCGAUGAGCUUCGUGCCACCGUGGAGAAUAUAUCGCUGUCGCCUACGGGCGGCUUUUCGCAUCACAGCCAACAAUUGCAACAGGCCCGUGCUCCAUCGCGUCAGCAAUCGCCCGAGAUUUCGAAUGCCUCUACACCCACGGCUAGUGUCCAUCCAUACGCGCCAUUGCAGAGUCCGACGCUCUCUAACAACAACAAUGUGGCUGCACACAAUGCAUCGCAUAAUCGUUACGCGGAUUUGGGUGAUAUAUUCUCGGAGCUGGGCGAGGUGAGCUCCUCGGCACCCGCUUCGGCCACACUGAGCAAGCAGAGUAGUCGUCAGAUACCCACGCCCACUUCGGCCGGAGGCAGCAGCAUUGCUAUACCGCGUCCGCCGUCACGGCGCUCAGAUAUGAUAGCCAUUGGCCCGGCUGCGACGACGGCCACAACAAAUCCGGGACGGGGGCGCAUGAGUCCGUCGCCGAUGAAUCGCGCAGACAGCAUUGGCAGUCUGGAGUUCCGCACGGCCAUCGGGGGUGUGGGUUCGUCGCGUGGACCCUCGCCACUUACCAUUGGCAUAUCGGACACCAUACCGCUGGCGGUGGCAUUCCAUGAGAUUAUACACGCCUACUUUCGGGGCAGCGACGAGUCGCGUUGCCAGGUUAAGGUCUCCGGCGAUAUGAUGCUUUCAUUCCCAGCCGGCAUUGUCGGCCUGCUAGCAAAUAAUCCCAAUCCAGCCAAGCUGGGCUUUCGCAUUAAGAAUGUACAAAAUAUGGAGAAUUUUAUACCAAAUAGCACGCUGGUGCAAAUCGAUCGCCAGCAGUCGAGCGCCUUUAGCACUAUGCUCGAGUUCAAUAUGCAAUCGUUGACGGCGCUGUUGCGCCAGCAGGCCGAGAAAAAUCCUACAGCGUCCUACUUCAACGUGGACAUACUCAAGUAUCAGGUGCGCACCAAGCCGGGCGCCUCGUCCUGUCCCUUCCAAUUAGUGAGCUAUUGGAAAUGUGAGCCCAGCUAUACGGCGCUCAAAAUCGACUACAAGUACAAUAAUCAUGCCAUGGCCAGUGCCUCACCUUUGCUGAAUGUGACGCUGUCAGUGCCGGUGAAUGGUUCGGUGCGGAAUGUCCAAUCAAAGCCCCAUUCGGCGUGGCUGGGGGAAUCGAAUCGUUUAAUUUGGAACUUCACGGACAUAUCGCAAAACUCACAGGACGGCGGCGUGGGAACGUUGCGGGCGCGCCUAGAGCUGAACGAUGGGCCUUCAACGCCGGCCAUACUCUCAACACAGUUCAAUUGUGAGGGCACCACGCUCUCGGGCAUUGAGUUUGAGUUGCAGGGCAGCGGUUAUCGUCUGUCUUUGGUCAAAAGGCGGUUCGUUUCUGGUAAAUAUGUGUGCGAAGGCGAUGGAAUACGUAGUGGUGCCACGCCCACGCCGCCCUCGGUGGGUUCCAGCAGUCCGUAUUCGGCCAAAUCGAAUUAGUCUAAAACAUUUAUACGAAGAAGACAACACACAUGCACACAUUUAUAUAGCCAAUAAAAAAAUGCGAAUGUUAAGGCAAUAGGCUCGUGAAAUUAGCCAAAAAAAAAGUAAGAAACUAACAAAUUUUAAUUCUAUCGAUUGAAACGGAAAAGACGAAACGAACUAAAUUUAACAGAUUUAUUGCAAAUUUAACGAAUAGGCAUUGGUUUUCUACAACUGGCACUCUGCUCAGCUUCAUUAUUUUGUUUGUUUUGUUUCGCGUUCACACAAUUCUGUGCUCGUCUGUCAGUUCGACUAAUUGUUGAGAUACCCACACCUGUACAGAUGUCUGUUGGGAUCGCCUCUGGGCGAUGAAUUUUUGAUUGAAUUACGAUAUCCGCAAGACACUGGAUGUGUAUUAUUUGUUAUGCAUAUGAGACAUAUUUAACUAAAAGUGUAUUUAUUAUGUUUAACUGAAUAUUAUAUGUGAACACACACACACAAACAAGCAUAUACGUACGUAUGUAGUUAUGUAGAUAUAUAAACAAACACACACACACACACUCACACACAGACACCCAAAUACAUAUAUACACCCACACCGUACAGCGUAUGGGGAAAUGUUGAUUUUAUGCUCAUUUUUUAUACACAAAUACACAAUCACACACACACACACACCUACAACAACAACAAUAAUGUAAAAUGUAUUAAAGACAAAAAUGCAAUAAGAAAAUUAUUAUUUUUAAAAGCAA